GAUUCAUAGUGAAACGUCGUUGAAGACUGACGUUGCUGGGCCAAGCCCUCUUCCCCCGAGUCUCAGGGGCUGUGGCUGGGGAUGAGGGGGCCUAUGCCAUCUGACAUCUGCAGGCCCUGACUACCACCCUACUAGAUCUGCUUUGCCAAGACAUGGAGGCAGAAGAUCUUUCCAAGGCUGAAGACAGAACUGAGGAUCCAGGUUCCAAAAAUGAAGACCGGCCUGCUGUUGUGCAGCCAGGUGUCCCACUCGGAGGGCAGUCGCCUGGCCCCACAGCUCUCUGGGACAUGCUAGAAAGGCGGUUUCUGGAAUAUGAGCAGUUGACUCACAGGAGCCCGGAUGAACGGCAGAAAAGCUUGUUAAGUCUUCUCCCCCUGUUCCUAAAGGCCUGGGAACACUCUGUGGGCAUCAUCUGCUUUCCCAGUCUCCAAAGGCUGGCAGAAGACGUUUCUGACCAGCUUGCCCAAGAACUACAGAAGGCCCUUGCUGGGAAGCCUGCAGAGAAAGCACGGGUGGCGGCUUGGCAGUUGCUGUCGUGGAAGGGGGACGUGGAUCAGGAUGGUUACCUGCUCCUGAAGUCAGUGUACGUGCUCACGGGGACAGACUCGGAGACACUGGGCAGGGUUGCAGAGUCUGGGCUUCCAGCCCUGCUCCUCCGGUGCCUUUACCUCUUCUUUGCAUUUCCUGUGGAAAAGGAUGAGCUUUUUGAAAAUGAUGUUCAAGUUCAGAGGAUGUUUGUGCAGAUGUUGCUGAACAUUUGCAGCGAGUCUCAAGCUCUGGAGGGACUUCUCUCGGGAAGCGACCUCCAGGCUCUACUGAUGGCCACAACCUGUCUUCGGGAGCACAGCUGCUGCUUCUGGAAAGAGCCCACCUUCUGCGUGCUGAGGGCAAUCUCCAAGGCCCAGAACCUCGGCAUCAUCCAAUACCUGCAGGCCACAGACUGUGUGAGGCUCUCCCUCCAGAACCUCUCCAGGCUGGCAGGCACUCUGCCCGCUCCCGAGGUCAGCGAGGCCGUGAACCUCAUCCUGGGCUUCGUGAAGGACUCCUACCCUGUCUCUGCGACACUGUUCCUGGAGUUUGAGAAUGCGGAGGGCUACCCCCUGCUGCUCAAGGUGUUACUUCAGUAUGACGGGCUGCCCCAGAGCGAAGUGGACCCACACCUGGAGGAGCUCGUUGGGCUGGUGGUGUGGCUGACGACCUGUGGGAAGUCAGAGCUGAAGGUGUUUGACAGUGUCACUUACCCUCAGCUUGAAGGCUUCAAGUUCUACCAGGAGGCUUCUGGGGUGACUGUUAAGAAUCUUCAGGCCUUCCAGGUCCUGCAGAAUGUCUUCCACAAAUCCAGCAACUCUGUCCUCUGCACGCAAGUCCUGUCGGCUGUCAGGACCAUGUGGGCCUGGAAUGCUCGAAACUUCUUCCUGCUGGAGUGGACCCUGCAGCCCAUCUCCCAAUUUGUGGAGCUCGUGCCCCUGAAGCCGGCCCCGGUGCAGGUGCACUUCUUCCGGCUGCUGGAGGCCCUGGUGUUCGAGCUGCACUAUGUGCCCCACGAGAUCCUGCGGAAGGUGCAGCAUCUGAUCAAGGAGAGCCCCGAGCCAUCCUGCACUCUUGUGGCCCUGCAGAGCAUCCUCAGUAUUGCUGGUGGGGACCCGCUCUUCAGUGACAUCUUCCGGGACUCGGGGCUCCUGGGCAUGCUGCUGGCGCAGCUGCGGAGACAGGCCAAGAUCAUGAGGAAGUCAGGAAACAAAGAGUCUGCUUCUGGUGUUCAGGAUCUGGAAAGAGAACUCACCUGUGUGAUGCUGAGAACUGUGGCCACGCUUCUGAAAGGGUCGGUUCGGAAUGCAGUUGUCCUGAAAGACCACGGAAUGGUGCCCUUCAUCAAGAUCUUCCUGGACCACGAGUGCUACCGGGAGACCUCGCUCAGCAUCUUGGAGCAGCUGUCAGUCAUCAACACCGAGGAGUACAUGAGCAUCAUUGUGGGUGCUCUGUGCUCAUCCACUCAAGGGGAGCUGCAGCUGAAACUGGAUCUCCUCAAGUCUCUGCUCCGGAUCCUGGAGACUCCCAAGGGCCGUGCUGCUUUCAGAGUCUCCAGCGGGUUCAACGGGCUGCUGUCCCUGCUCUCAGACCUGGAGGGCUCUCUCCAUGAGCCCCCGCUGCAGGCGUGGGGGGCCGUGACCCCCGGCCAGACCCUGGAGCUGGUGCUGCACACUCUUUGUGCCAUGUCUGCCGCGCUGCACCUGGACCCUGUCAACGGCGACUUCUUCAGGAGGAACAGGCUCUUUGAGAAGCUGGCCGAGGACCUGUGCCUGCUGGGCUGUUUUGGGGCCUCUGAGGAAGAGGGAGCCCCUCUGCACUCCGGGGCUGACACGAAGGCCAGGCCAUUUGCUGAUUUGCUGAGCGCCGCCUUCUCCUCCAGCAGCUCCUUCCCGCCCAGGGUACAGAGCUGUCUCCAGAUCCUCGGCUUUCUGGACAGCAUGGCCAGCGGCACCCUCCACCUGCACAGGGACCUGAAGGAGUCCCUGAGGGCCAGCCAGGAGCCAGUUGUGGAUACCCGGAAGGAAGAAGCUAGCAGUGACCCCCAAGGCAACUGCAAGCAGUGGCCAGACCUGGAGGAGAGGAUGGAAGGUGAUGUUAUGAUCGUACAUCCCGGGAUGGUGUGCAUCAUGGUGAGGCUGCUUCCGCGGUUGCACCAUGAAGAUCACCCACAGCUUUCCGAGGAGAUCCAGUGCUCCCUGGCCAGUCACAUCCAGUCCCUGGUAAAAUCGGAGAAGAACCGCCAGAUCGUGUGUGAGGCUGGCAUGCUCAGGACCCUCGUGACCUCCUGCCACAGGGCCCUGUCUGCCUGCAGCAGCCCCCUGCACUCACGCCUCAUCAGGAUUUGUGAAAAACUCGCUUCCCAGGCCAUUGAACCGGACGUGUUAAGGCAGUUUCUAGGUCUUGGAAUUCCCCCACGUCCGUCGGCUGCAACCAAGACCCUUGAUUCAUCUCUUGUGCAUGGAGGCACCCCCAGGUGUGCAGGGUCACAGACUGCACCAGUGGGCACAGCUGAGGGACCCUGCGGAGCUGCCCCAGAUGCCAGCCCGCGCCCAGGAGUUGGACAGGCCCUGUCGUCCUUGGGGCCAUCCCAGGAUUCAACCACUGCCCUUCAGAUGGCGCUGAGCCUCAUCUCCAUGACCUCCCCACGCAACCUGCAGCCUCAGAGGGCGGCCCUGGCUCCAUCAUUUGUGGAAUUUGACAUGUCUGUGGAAGGUUAUGGCUGUUUGUUUAUUCCGACCCUGUCUACGAUUAUGGGGACCAGCACCGAGUACUCCAUCUCUGGAGGAAUUGGAACAGGCUCCGCCAGACCAUUCCCUCCGCCCGGGGGCCUCACCUUCUCCUGCUGGUUCCUGAUCAGCAGGCACGGAGCUGCCUCCGAGGGCCACCCCCUGCGCUUCCUAACCCUGGUGCGCCACCUGUCCAGGACGAAGGUGCCCUAUGUCUGCUUCUCUGUCAGCCUCUGCCCAGACGACCUCUCCUUGGUUGUGUCUACAGAAGAGAAAGAGUUUCAGCCCCUGGAUGUCAUGGAACCAGAGGAUGGCUCUGAGCCAUCAGGGGGAUGCCAGCUCCUGGUCAGGUGUAGCCAGCUCCUGGCUUGUGGCCAGUGGCAUCACUUGGCUGUGGUUGUCACCAAGGAAAUGAAGAGGCAUUGUACCGUUUCCACGUAUCUGGAUGGACAGGUUAUUGGCUCAGCCAAGAUGUUGUACAUUCAGGCCUUUCCGGGACCUUUCCUUUCAAUGGAUCCAUCUUUAUUUGUGGAUGUUUAUGGAUAUAUUGCUACCCCUCGAAUUUGGAAACAAAAGUCUUCAUUAAUCUGGCGUCUUGGCUCUACAUACCUCUUCGAAGAAGCCAUUUCAGUGGAAACUCUGGACGUUAUUAACAAACUUGGCCCAAGAUACUGUGGUAACUUCCAAGCUGUGCAUGACCAAGGAGAGGACCUGGACCGUGAAGCCGCACCCCUUGUUGCAGAGGAAAGGGUUUCUUUUGGACUCCACGUGGCCAGCUCCUCCGUCACCAGUGUAGCAGACAUCAGAAACGCUUACAAUGAGGUGGACAGCCGCCUGAUUGCCAAAGAGAUGAACAUUUUAUCCCGUGACAAUGCCACGCCUGUGUUCUUGCUGAGAAAUUGUGCCAGCCACCUGUCAGGUCCUCUGCGAACCAUUGGAGCCAUUGCUGUGGGCCAAUUAGGGGUGAGAGUGUUCCACUCCAGCCCUGCUGCCAGCAGCCUGGACUUCAUUGGUGGGCCUGCCAUCCUCCUGGGCCUCAUCUCCUUAGCGACGGACGACCACACCAUGUACGCGGCUAUGAAAGUCCUGCACUCAGUCCUGACCAGUAACGCCACGUGUGACUGCCUGAUGCGGCACAUCUGCGGGUACGAGAUAAUGGCGUUUCUCCUGAGGAAAAAGGUCUCUCUCCUGAACCAUCGAAUUUUUCAGCUGGUGCUCUCAGUUGCUGGCACUGCAGAGCUGGGCUUCAGGUCCUCUGCUGUCUCCAACACCGGUGUCUUCCAGCACAUCCUCUGCAAUUUCGAGCUCUGGAUGAAUACGGCAGACAACCUGGAGCUUGCCCUCUUUUCCCAUCUUGUGGAAAUUCUUCAAUCACCAAGGGAAGGACCCAGAAAUGCUGAAAUUGCUCACCAGGCAGGGCUGAUACCUAAGCUUGUCUUCCUCUUCAAUGAACCAAACCUGACCCCCUCCAAGAUCCCCAUCAUCAUUGCCAUCCUGGGCUGUCAGCUGAGGGGCCACUUUAGCAUCCGGGACUUGCUCAGGAUUGGGCUGUUUAUCGUGUACACCCUCAAGCCAUCAUCAGUGAACGAGAGGCAGAUCUGCGUUGACGGAGCCCCAGACCCUUCUGUGCCUGCUGGAAGCCAAACAUCUGGAAAGACAAUCUGGCUCAGGAACCAGUUGCUGGAGAUGCUGCUCAAUGUAAUAUCUUCCCCCCAACUUCAUCUGUCCUCUGAGUCAAAGGAAGAGCUGUUUCUGCACCUGGGGCCCGACUGGUUCCUGCUGCUCCUACAGGGCCACCUGCAUCCAGGCACCACUGUACUGGCACUGAAGCUGCUACUGCACUUUCUGGCAAACCCCUCCCUCCGUGGGCGAUUUAAAGACGGCCUGUCUGCGGGAUCCUGGUUGGAAUGCAGCACCAAGGGCGUGGACAUUGUGAUGGACAACCUGAAGAGCCACCCUCCACCGCCUGAGCAGAGUCCCUGCCGGCUUCCUGGGUUCCGCGUCUUGAGCGACUUUCUGGCCCACCAUGUUCACAUUCCAGAAGUCUACCUCAUCGUGUCCACCUUCUUCCUGCAGACGCCACUUACAGAGCCGAUGAACAGUCCGAAAGACAGCCUUGAUGCCAUGCUGCAGUGGCUCCUGCAGAAGUACCACCAGGAAGAAGUUCUCCGGGCAGGGCUGUGCACAGAAGGUGCCCUGCUGCUCCUCGAAAUGCUAAAAGCCACCACGAGCCAGCCCCCCGCAGGUUCUGAAGACAGCACCUGGGAGCAGGCGUUCCCGGCCAGCGUGCUGCAGUUUCUCGGCCUGGUGCACCACACCUACCCCCAGGACCCGGCGUGGCGUGCCCCAGAGUUCCUCCAGACCUUGGCCACAGCCACCUUCCCCCUGGGAACCCAAAAGGGGGCGGUGGCUGAGUCUGCCUGGAACGUCAGCAGUCCUGGGGCUGCGGCUGAAGGUGACAGCACUGUGAAGAGUCCCCAGGCUCCUGCCAAGUCACAUCUCACCCGGAGGCAGCUGAGGGAGUUCAUGCAGCUUCUCCUGAGGGAGCUCCUCCUUGGGGCCCCCAGCCCCAAGCAGUGGCUGCCCCUGGAGGUGCUCCUGGAGGCUUCUCCAGACAAUGCUACCAGUCAACAGAAGCGAGACUUCCAGUCUGAGGUCCUGCUUUCCUCCAUGGAAACAUUCCACAUGAUGAGCGGGGGCAAUGCCCUGAUACUCACAGGCAGUAAAGAGCCUCAGACAAAUGCAGAAGCCGCCGCUGCUUUGCUCGCAAACAUCUCCUACUUCACCCAGAAGCUGGUAGAGAAGCUGAGUGGCGGGACGUUCUCGGCAGACCCCAGACACAUCCUUCUCUUCAUCCUGGAGCACAUCAUGGUGGUCAUCGAGACUGCCUCUUCUCAAAGGGAUGCUGUCCUCAGUGCUUUGUACAGCAGUUUAAAUAAAGUCAUUCUUUAUUGCCUCUCCAAGCCCCAGCAAUCCCUCUCAGAAUGCCUUAGCCUUCUCAGCAUCCUGAACUUUCUACAGGAACACUGGGAUGUUAUCUUUGCCACCUACAAUUCCAAUGUCAGCUUCCUCCUGUGUCUCAUGCAUUGCCUUUUGCUGCUCAAUGCAAGAAGCUAUCCAGAAGGAUUUGGAUUGGAGCCCAAGCCUAGAAUGUCUCCUUAUCAUCAAGUUUUCCUUUCCCCAAAUGAAGAAGUCAAAGAAAAAAGAGGGGAAGACUUUCCAAGUUUGAGUGAUGUCCAGCACAACAUCCAGACGACAGUGCAGACUCUCUGGCAGAAGCUCGUGGCGCAGAGGCGGCAGGCACUGGAAGACACUUUCAAGAUCGAUCUCUCUGUGAAACCUGGAGAGAGUGAAGUGAAGAUUGAAGAGGUCACCCCACUCUGGGAGGAGACAAUGCUCAAGGCCUGGCAGCAUUACUUAGCAUCUGAGAAGAAGUCACUGGCCAGUCGCUCGAAUGUCACCCACCAGAGCAAAGUCACUUCGUGGAGUGGAAGCCUGUCCUCAGCCAUGAGGCUGAUGCCCGGGCGGCAGGUCAGGGACCCUGAGUGCAAGACAGAGGACUUUGUGUCAUGUAUAGAGAACUACAGAAGAAGAGGACAGGAGCUAUAUGCAUCUUUUUACAAAGACCAUGUACAGAGGCGGAAAUGUGGCAACAUCAAGGCAGCCAACGCCUGGGCCCGGAUCCAGGAGCAGCUUUUUGGGGAGCUGGGCUUGUGGGGCCAGGGGGCAGAAGCCACACCCAGCCUCCGGUGGGAGCUGGACUGGAGAGAGGGACCUGCCCGCAUGAAGAAACGCCUUAGACGCGUGUCUCCGCUGCAGGCCCCAAGCCCAGGAAGGCGCAAGAAAAGUCAAGACAAAAAUGGUGAUAUUUCUCAAACAGAUGCUGAAAACCAAGAUAAGCUGACACCAGAGGAAGCUGAGAGUGAGCCCGACGAGGUGGCUGUGGACUGCACCCAGCUGACGUUCUUCCCUGCCUUACACGAAAGUCUGCACUCCGAGGAUUUCUUGGAGCUGUGUCAGGAAAGACAAGUUAUUUUGCAAGAGCUUCUUGAUGAAGAAAAGGUGACACAGAAGUUCUCCCUGGUGAUCGUGCAGGGCCACCUGGUCUCAGAAGGGGUCCUGCUCUUUGGCCGCCAGCACUUCUACGUCUGUGAGAACUUCACACUGUCUCCCAUGGGCGAUGUCUACUGCACCCGCCACUGCUUAUCCAACAUCAGCGAUCCAUUCAUUUUCAACAUGUGCAGCAAAGACAGGUCCUCGGACCAUUACUCGUGCCAGCGCCACAGCUACGGUGACAUGAGGGAGCUCCGGCAGGCCUGCUUCCUCCUGCAGGACAUUGCCCUGGAGAUCUUCUUCCAAAAUGGAUAUUCCAAAUUUCUUGUCUUCUACAACAGUGAUCGGAAUAAGGCCUUCAAAAGCUUCUGUUCUUUCCAGCCCAGCCUGAAGGGGAAAGGCGUCUCAGAGGACCCCCUCAGUCCCAGGAGAUACCCCGGAUUCGACAAGACCAUGCUGCAGAAGUGGCAGAAAAGGGACAUCAGCAAUUUUGAGUAUCUCAUGUACCUCAACACCGUGGCUGGGAGGACCUACAAUGACUGCAUGCAGUACCCGGUGUUCCCCUGGGUCCUCGCGGACUACACCUCGGAGACGUUGAACUUGACGAAUCCCAAGACUUUCCGGGAUCUUUCAAAGCCCAUGGGGGCUCAGACCAAGGAAAGGAAGCUGAAAUUUAUCCAGAGGUUCAAAGAAGUUGAGAAAACUGAAGGAGACAUGACCGUCCAGUGCCACUACUAUACCCACUACUCCUCAGCCAUCAUUGUCGCCUCCUACCUGGUCCGGAUGCCACCCUUCACCCAGGCCUUCUGUGCUCUGCAGGGUGGAAGCUUUGAUGUGGCAGACAGAAUGUUCCACAGCAUGAAGAGCACAUGGGAGUCGGCCUCCAGAGAGAACAUGAGCGAUGUCAGGGAGCUGACGCCGGAGUUCUUCUACCUGCCUGAGUUCUUAACCAACUGCAAUGAGGUGGAGUUCGGUUGCAUGCAGGACGGGACAGCGCUGGGGGAUGUGCAGCUCCCUCCCUGGGCUGAUGGGGACCCUCGGAAAUUCAUCAGCCUGCACAGACAGGCUCUGGAAAGUGACUUUGUCAGUGCCAACCUCCACCAUUGGAUAGACCUCAUUUUCGGGUACAAGCAGCAGGGCCCGGCGGCAGUGGAAGCCGUUAACACCUUCCACCCCUACUUCUACGGCGACAAGGUGGAUCUCAGCAGCAUCACCGACCCCCUGAUCAAGAGCACCAUCCUGGGGUUUGUCAGCAACUUUGGGCAGGUGCCCAGGCAGCUCUUUACUAAACCUCACCCAGCCAGGACCACGGCAGGGAAGCCUCUACCUGGGAAGGACGUCUCCACGCCCUCCAGCCUGCCGGGGCGCCCGCAGCCUUUCAUCUGCAGCCUGCAGUCGCUGAGGCCCUCCCAGGUCACAGUCAAAGAUAUGUACCUUUUUUCUCUAGGCUCGGAGUCCCCCAAAGGGGCCAUCGGCCACAUUGUUCCUACUGAGAAGACCAUUCUGGCUGUGGAGAAGAACAAAGUGCUGCUGCCUCCUCUCUGGAACAGAACCUUCAGCUGGGGCUUUGACGACUUCAGCUGCUGCCUGGGGAACUACGGCUCCGACAAGAUCUUGAUGACAUUUGAGGACGUGGCCGCCUGGGGCCGUUGUCUGUGUGCCGUAUGCCUAUCUCCCACGACGAUUGUCACCUCUGGUGACAGCACCGUGGUGUGUGUGUGGGAGCUCAACAUGACCAAAGGCCACCCGAGAGGCUUGCGCCUCAGGCAGGCCUUGUAUGGACACACACAGGCUGUCACGUGCCUGGCAGCGUCGGUCAACUACAGCCUCCUGGUGAGCGGCUCCCAGGACAGCACCUGCAUCCUGUGGGACCUGGACCGCCUCACCCCUGUGACCCGCCUGCCUGCCCACAGGGAGGGCAUCUCAGCCAUCGCCAUCAGCGACGUCUCGGGCACCAUUGUCUCCUGCGCGGGAGCCCACUUAUCCCUGUGGAAUGUCAAUGGACAGCCCCUGGCCAGCAUCACCACAGCCUGGGGCCCAGAAGGAGCCAUAACCUGCUGCUGCGUGAUGGAGGGUCUAGCAUGGGACACAAGCCAUGUUGUCAUUACCGGGAGUAAAGACGGCAUGGUCCGGAUCUGGAAGACUGAGGACGUGAAGAUGUCUGUUCCUGGGCACCCGGCAGAAGAGGAGCCCUCGGCUCAGCCUCCAAGUCCAAGAGGUCACAAGUGGGAGAAGAACCUUGCCCUGAGUCGAGAGCUGGAUGUCAGCGUUGCUUUGACAGGGAAGCCCAGCAAGACCAGCCCUGCGGUGACAGCGCUGGCCGUGUCCAGAAACCAGACCAAACUCCUGGUCGGCGACGAGAAGGGGAGAAUAUUCUGCUGGUCUGCAGACUGGUAGGGAGGAGGCGGCCACAGCAGCGCCAGGUGGCAGAGGCGAAGCAGGGCCUGGGCUGUGUCCGAGAAGGAAGCCCAGGGCCUUCCCUGCCCACAGGCCUCUGGCACUCGGAGCUCUGACCCAGUGUUCUCCAUGGCCUUGGCACUUCUAUGAAAAGGAUGCGAGCACACUUCUGUGGGUGUGCAAGCCACGCUGGAAGCUGCACAUGAAAUUACACGACUCACCUUGUCCAGGGAUAUUGCACUGAAAAAAAACGGGGUCACUUGAGACCAAUGGAAAAUAUUGUAUUGUCUUUAUUUUAUUAAAGCAACUAUUUUCCAAAUGCAAAA